CGAGGUGCAGCUGCAAUCCCGAGAGGCAAAGGAAAGGCCAAGAAGGCGCUGUCGGUUCUGUUCCUUUGCCCCAGACCCUUGUGGUGCUAGCGUUGGUCUCUGUCCCGAGUGCCCAGUGCGGGACUCCCGCCUCAGCCUUCCUUGGAGCCUCGCAGGCGGCAGCUGCCACCCCUCGCGGAAGUGAGGGGCGCGCCCCUCUUGGGCCCUGCGGACCGCGAGCUUCCAUGGGCCGGACCCUGAAGGCCAAUGUGUGCCGAAGGCUGAGUCGCCGGGCCCUGGGCUUCUUCGCACGCGAUGCGGGCGUGGUGCAGAGGACGAACCUGGGCAUCCUGAGGGCUCUGGUGUGCCAGGAGAGUACUAAAUUUAAGAAUGUUUGGACAACUCAUUCCAAGUCACCUAUAGCAUAUGAGAGAGGAAGAAUAUAUUUUGACAAUUACCGGUGCUGUGUCAGCAGUGUUGCCUCAGAGCCAAGAAAACUUUAUGAAAUGCCAAAAUGUCCCAAGUCAGAAAAAAUUGAGGAUGCUUUGUUAUGGGAAUGCCCAGUGGGAGAAAUACUUCCUGACCCAUCAGACUAUAAGUCCUCACUCAUAGCGCUGACUGCUCAUAAUUGGCUGCUUCGCAUAUCAGCAACUACAGGGGAAAUCCUGGAGAAAAUAUAUCUUGCUUCCUAUUGCAAGUUCAGGUACUUGAGCUGGGACACGCCUCAGGAGGUCAUCGCAGUCAAGUCUGCUCAGAACAAAAGCUCGGCGGCGGCUCGCCAGAAUUUUGCUACACUGAGGCCAACAGCUGAGCCAUCCCUAAGUUGGAGAUACUCCCUUGAAUUCUGUUCUAGAGAAGCAGGCAUUCAGCAGCCUGUUUUGUUGUACCUUGCAGUUUUCCGGGUUCUGCCCUUUUCACUCAUAGGGAUUCUAGAGAUCAACAAAAAGGUUUUCGCCAACGUCACAGAUGCCACCUUGUCGCAUGGAAUACUGAUUGUGAUGUGCAGCUCGGGACUGGUGAGGCUGUACAGCUUCCAGGCCAUCAUCGAACAGUUCAUGCAACAGAAACUUGACUUAGGGUGUGCAUGCAGCCAGGGCGGCACUACUGGGACUGUAGGAGAGGCUCCCUUUGGCAUUCCUUGUAAUGUUAAAAUCACAGACUCGCCGCCUCCGCUCUUUGAGGUUUCGUCCCUGGAGAAUGCAUUUCAGAUCGGAGGCCAUCCUUGGCACUACAUCAUCACACCUAACAAGAAGCAGCAGAAAGGAGUCUUCCACAUCUGCGCCCUCAAAGACAAUUCCUUGGCAAAAAAUGGAGUCCAGGAAAUGGAGUGCUGCUCGCUGGAGUCCGACUGGAUCUACUUCCAUCCUGAUGCCUCCGGAAGGAUAAUACAUGUCGGACCAAAUCAAGUCAAAGUCUUGAAGCUAAGUGAGAUAGAAAAUAAUAGUUCCCAGUGUGAGAUCUCUGAAGAUUUCAUCAUUUGGGCCAAUAGAGAAAACAAAAAUGAAAGUUUAGUCACUGUUACAGCUUCUGGACGCGUGGUGAAAAGAAAUUUCAACCUUCUGGAUGAUGACCCAGAGCAAGAGACUUUCAAAACUGUGGACUACGAAGAUGAGUUGGACUUGCUUUCUGUGGUCGCUGUCACUCAAAUAGAUGCCGAAGGCAAAGCUCGCCUGGAUUUCCACUGUAAUGAGUAUGGGACCUUACUCAAAAGCAUCCCACUAGUGGAGUCCUGGGACGUGACUUACAGCCACGAGGUCUACUUUGACAGAGAUUUGGUGCUGCACAUUGAACAGAAGCCCAACAGGCUCUUCAGCUGCUAUGUUUACCAGAUGGUCUGUGACCCUGGAGAAGAAGAAGACGUGGUCAGCAGAAGUGGUUAAGACAGUGGGGUCGCUGUGACCUGAUGGAGUACCCAGUCAGCCGAGUCCAGUUCUCAUCUGCAUAGAAUAGUCUGCAGUAAUUUCCGGAACAGGUCUUGUUCUAACUUCAAAGGACUAGGUUAAACUCUUGCCACAUAGGGUGGUAAGGACUCCCUUGUAUGUAAAUGCUCACCAGGAUGCUGUCCUAGGAGGCUACAUUUUGACUAGGUGCUAAUGUGAAUAUAAAGUGCUGGGGAACAGAAGACAGUUAAAUCUGGGUGUUGAGGAAACAUCAUUGAUUCAGGGAUUAUUAGCAUAAUUCUUAAAGACUACUAUAAAGUUACAAUUAGUAAGGCUAGGAGAGAAAAAAACAAAAAUAUUAAACCUCGAAGCCAUGUGUGGUGGUGCACACCUGUAAUCCCAGCACAUGGCAGGUAGAGCAGAAAGAUCCGAUCAGAGCCACUGUUAGCUAUCUAGCAAAUCCAAAGUCAGCUUGGUCUACAUGAGACCUUUUCUCAAGAUGACAGCAAAAAGGUAAAGAAGUCCUGUAUACUCUAUACCAAACUUUGCAUAAGGAUUAGAAAAAGCAUUUGUAACCAAAAACUUCACAGCUUCUUUGUAAACAAAAACAAAACAAUAUAUAGUUUUCUUGUGUUCCUAUACAAUAUCAAGAAUUUAUUCUAGUUUUCUAAUUUUUUUAAAAUUAGUUUUAAUUAGUAUCAUAGAAGAGAAAUGAAGCAAAACAGAUGAGGUAACAAUCAGCCUGGAGAGUUCCCUGAAGAAACACUCAGGAAGAGUGGAAGGCAGGGCUCAGGAAGCCAUCCGAGCACAGGGAGGCAGCGUGCUACAAGAGUGCGCCUGGGUCCUUUAGGACCUGGCUUAGUAUUGGCUGCUCUGAGGGAUGGUACCUAAGAAGUUGGGAGAUCAAGGUCUGGGCCCCCACAGGCACUGAUGGAGGAAGUUCAGAUCCGCCUUAAGGAUGCGACUGAGGGCUACUCAAAGGGAGUUCCCAUCAGCCAAUCACAGCAGGGCACCCCAGCACACCACAGAUCCACCUUCUCAUCCGGCUGGUCCCCCUCAAUCUUCUCCAGGAGCAAAUAGUUCAGGGCCCUAGACUGUCUCCUGAUAGAGGAGGUAUGCACAGAUCAAUCAGCGUCUGCAGUCUUCACUUCACGAGGCCCAGCAUGAGAUUCUGUGGCUUGAUUUCCCCCAAGAAUCACGUUUUGUCAUGGCCACGGGUUAAGGCAUUUGCCAGUUCCUCCAUUGUCAUGGUUAUCAUUCAUCUAAAGUGUGGUUUCCCGGAAGCUCCUCAUAAAGCCUGCCCCGUGGAGCAUAUUCCAGAAUUAAGCACACCCAGUUAGCAUCACAGAAGUAGUACAGGCGGAGGAUACCUGGGCGAUGUAGGCAUGCCUAGCUCUCCACCUCCCUCUGAAGCUGGUGCUCUAGUCCCUCCUCUGUCUGGGCCUUGAGGACCUCCAGGGCCACGGUGAGAUGGCCUUCCCCGAGCCAAUCCCAGUACACAUUCCCAAACCACCUCUUGCCCAGAGGAUGCUCUAUUUCAAAGUCAUCAGUGGUGAGCGCCUCCUGGCUAAGGCGCUGGGCUCCAUCUAGCCAGUGGCUGAGGAAAGAGGGAGGAAAAUGGACAUGGCGAUGCUCAGCCACAGUCCCAGUUUGUGGGUGAAGCUGUGCCCAAGGCUGGUCACCUUCCCUUAACUAAAGGGUGAGGGCAAGCUGAAGUUCCACCAGCUGCUUGGGUCCAGGGCUCCCUUGAAAGGGGUGCCUGGGUAGUACCCCACCCACAGCCUUUCCAGCUGCCCAGAAUAGAGCACCCAAGACCCCACUGACAGAUAAGCCCCAAAUUAUCCUUUCUUUCUUAUAUGCUCUUAUUCCCAUGGCUUGGUGUUCUCGUGUUGUGUGCACUUGAGUGUGUGUGGAAAUAUUUGCAUGUGUGCAUGUGCAUUUGGAGGCUAGAAGUCUCUCUAAGGCCUGAGGCUCAAUGACACCGAUAGUGUGGUUGGCUGCUCAGAGAUCCUCUUGUCUGCUUCCCCAGCACUGGGGUAAGUGGCAUGCCAUCAUGCCCAGAUGUUUAGGGCUGGGCAUCAAACUCAGGUUUGCAUGCUUGUGUUACAGGCACUUUAGUGUUCGAGCUAUCUCCAAGGCACUGAGGAGAUAUCUUAUAAAAGAUUCCAAGCGAGAUUCAAAUGAAACCUUUUCAUCAUUGUAGCCUGUUUAGCUCUUACUACAUCUAAAUAUGUUGGUCUUUAUUUUCCACCCGUUUGCACUUUUCCAGUUCAGCCUCAAGAGUGACUAUAAAACAAGAACAGUCAGGACAGAUGGUCACACCUGUAAUCCAAGCCUCAGUGAGCGGUGACGGGAGGAUCUGCAAGUUUCAGGCCAGCGUGAACUAUGUAGCAAAACUGUGCCUUAAAAAGACAGAACCACCACCAACAAAAACUUGAGGCAGAGGCAGGACAAUCAAGAAUUAAGAGGCAGCCUGGGCUGCAUGAGAUCCUGUCUCAAUAAAACAAAAGAGCAAUAAAUCAUUAUUUGAUUCAAGUUUAAGGUUAAAAUUGGUUGUACUCUGGAAGGAAGCCAAAUUAUCUUAAGAGGGUUAAGAAUAGAUUGAUAACGGCACAGUUAUGUUGUGAAGCUUAUUAUUAGGCAAAUAUAAUAGGGUCUCAGUUAUUUGUGUGAUAGCCAGAUUAAGAGAGAAACAGAAACAGGAUUUUAUCUAAAAAAAACAAAAAAACAAAAAUCCCAGCACUCAGGAAGCAGACGCAGGUAGAUCUGAGUUUGAAGCCAGCCUGUUGUACAGAGUGAGUUCCAGGAUAGGGCUAUACAGAGGAAAACAACAAAAAAGAACUACCUUCUGAGAACAUAGAAAUAGUUACCUUAUGAGCAAAAUAGUAACCUGUUAAAAUCUAAUACUUGCAUCUACUGAUCAAGAGAGUUCAGUCUUGUUUUAUGAUGUGUAACAGCUCCGUUUGGUGCCUCUGAAGCUCUAAGAACGUUUUAGAGACAGCAUUGAAAUUAGAGUAGUCCUUACAGUGCCCAGCCCUGCCUAGCGUAUUUACACCUUGGUGAUUUGCAUUUGCUUUGUUGUUUAGGUGUUAUUUUUUUUGUUUGGUGUGGGUGUGUGGUGUGGGUGUUUAGACCAGGCUAGCCUCAAACUCAGUUCUGCCUGCCUACACCUUUUAUUUUCUGAUUUCUUUUUACAAUGUAUUCAUUUUAUAUCCCGAGUGUAGCCCCCUCCUUCCUCUCCCUCGACCCUUCCGGUAGUCCACUGAAGGGGGGAGUCCUUCUCCCCUGCCUAUCAAGUCUCAUCAGGACUGCCUGUAUCCUCUUCCUCUGUGGCCUGGCAAGGCUGAAUAGCCAGGGGGAAGUGAUCAAAGAGCAGGAAAUUGAGUUCUUGUCAGACAGCCCCUCCUCUCAGAGAUCCAUCUGGAGUCUGAGCUGCCCAUGGCCUACAUCUGAGCAGGGGGUAUAGAUCCUCUCCAGCAUGGUCCUUGGUCAGUUUCUGCAGGCCCCCUGGGCCCAGGUUUUUUUGUUUUGUUUUGUUUGCUUUAUUGGUUUCCUUGUGGGGCUCCAGGUCUUUCUCUCCCCACCCCCUUCUUUCAUAAGACUCCCUGCACUCUGGCCAAAGUUUUGCUGUGAGUCUCAGCAUCUGCUUCAAUCCUCUGUUGGGUGGAGCCUUUCAGAGGUCCUCUAUGACACACCUUUCAAGUGCUGGGAGGUAUACCACACCGGACCCAUUUUGAAAAACAAGUUCACGCAAUUAAAAAUCCAAUUAGAAAAACAACAGCAGAAAAAGGAUGAUGCUGUGUGGGCUCGGCUCGGCAGUGUCUCUGCACUUUGGGAGCAUUUGGAACAGGGUGUCCUUAGACUUCAGUCUUGGCAGAGAAUCUCUUUAAGGUGGUUGUUGACUUUAAUUCAUUGCUGUGUGUGUGUGGAUGGUAGAACUCAUUCAGAACCGCAGUCAAGGCACUCUGAGGUGCAUGGUAAGAAAAGGAACGGGCUGUGUCUAAGUAUGAUGUGAGCUGAGCCUGAUGCUCACAUCUGUAAUCCUAGCAGCUGCUCCCAGCUGAAGCAGAAGAGUUGCCACAAGUUGGAGGCUAGCCUGGGUUGCAUGGUGGGAGGCCAUGCUGGGCUACACAACCGCUUGUAACUCCAGCUCCAGGAGAUCUGGGACCCUCUUCUGUAGGUAUGCUCACAUGUGCACACAAAUACAAUAAACAGAAGAGCUCAGUGUGAAACUAACAGAAUGAGCUACAGCUGUUUAGUUUUGGCCAGUUUCAGCAGUUUAUGGGAAUGUAGGCUGCAUGCUUACGUAAAAUGACCUUUUAUUCUCCUGAAGUAAUUGCUGUCUCAGAGGCUUACUGCCCGUCUGCUAACCUAGGCCUAGUCCAGGAAGCUUCUAGCCUCUGUACAGCCUAGCCAAGGCCUAGAAUGUUCCAGCCUCUGAGACUUAACUGCUUAAUAAGCUCCCCCUUUCUUGUUCUGUCUGAGCUCCAGGCUGGCCGGUUCACCUCAGCUGUUCUGCCUCAAACUCCUCUCAGCUGAUUCAGUCUGGUUUCUCUCCCGGCCUCUGAAUUGCUCUGCCUGGCCUCAGUUUAAACUCCAGCAAUCUGCUCUAAUCUUCUGGCUCCUUCUCUGGCUCAUUCAGACUUGACUUCAAUUUUCUCUCUCCGAACCUCCCUAUUACUGUCUCAGUAAAACUGCCUCCUCUCUUUCUCAUUGCCCCUUAAGUAGCUUCCCUUUCGUCUCUCUUCUCACGGGAGUUGGGCGUGUCCUAUUUUGCCAAGUCUUCCUCUGAUUUGUCACUGCUUCUGCCACUCAAUUGGGCAUAGGUGGUUCCUAUUACAAACUAACAUUACCUUCAUUGUUUGGGGUUUUUUUUUUUUUGGGUUUUUUUUUAACCUGAAACUUGUUCUAUACCAGGCUGUCCUUGAACUCAGAUCUGCUUGCCUCUGUGUCCUGGAUUAAAGGCGUGUCUGUAUUCCAGCUGGACCACACUGGCCUAGAAGGUCUUUGGAUUGUAAUCCCUUGCCAAAGCAGCCAGGUUCUGAAUUAGCAUUCCUACACACGACUAAUAACAGGAUGGUUGACAACAAGAUGCCGAAAGAUGUGGAAGCUAGAAAAGAAUGGAGGAGCUUUAGAUGCCACUCAUACCAUGAAGAUGAGCUGGGAAUGUAGCUUAGCGGUGGAGCACUUGCCUGUUGUGCUUGAGGCUCUAGGUUCAGUUCCCGGUGCUGGGAAAACGGCAGCCGCAACGACAAAGAUUGAUGCCCCCCCCCCAAAAGGCACGGACUUCCCAGUGUCUGCAGCUGCUCGCUCGGAGGUGGGGAUGCUCCUCAGCAAGUGCAGAUGUUAAGUAGAAGUGAGUGCAUUUCUGUACUCUCAGAGUGGCACAGCAGGCCUGUGGUUCUUUGGCCUCUACAGUAUUUGUCACAACUCAGAGCAAAACAAACAAAAAACUGUCACUAUUGAAAUAAAAAGUGCUAUGUUUAAAUAAAUUAAUAUAUUUCAUAGUUUCCUA